UGCCAUAAUGCGGCGACGGCGGCGCAGCUGAGCGGCUCCCGCGGGGAGGGGGGGAGGGGAGGCCGUCGCUUAUAAAUGGCGCCCAAGCAGGACCCGAAGCCCAAAUUCCAGGAGGGCGAGCGGGUGCUGUGCUUCCAUGGGCCGCUCCUGUACGAAGCCAAGUGCGUGAAGGUGGCCAUCAAGGACAAGCAGGUGAAGUACUUCAUCCACUACAGCGGCUGGAAUAAGAACUGGGAUGAAUGGGUUCCAGAGAGCAGAGUGCUCAAAUACGUCGACACCAAUCUGCAGAAGCAGAAAGAACUUCAGAAGGCCAAUCAGGAACAGUAUGCAGAAGGAAAGAUGAGAGGUGCUGCUCCAGGCAAGAAAGCAUCUGGUCUCCAGCAGAAAAAUGUUGAAGUAUUUUUCAGACGAGAUGGAGCGCAUACAGUUUGCAGUUUGGAGACCCCUGCAAUAUCGACGCGGAAAACAAAAAAGAACAAACAGAAAAAUCCUGGGAUUGGGGAAGGCAGCAGUUCCAGUGAAAAUCCUCAGCCUCCCAGGAAAAAACGGGCUCGAGUAGAUCCAACAGUUGAGAGCGAAGAAACCUUUAUGAACAGAGUUGAAGUAAAGGUCAAAAUACCAGAGGAGCUGAAACCGUGGCUUGUAGAUGACUGGGAUUUGAUCACUCGGCAAAAGCAGCUCUUCUAUCUUCCUGCCAAGAAGAACGUUGACUCCAUUUUAGAGGACUAUGCAAACUACAAGAAAUCCCGAGGGAACACCGAUAACAAAGAAUACGCUGUUAACGAAGUUGUAGCGGGCAUCAAAGAAUACUUCAAUGUAAUGCUUGGCACUCAACUGCUGUAUAAGUUUGAGAGACCACAGUAUGCCGAGAUCUUAGCAGAUCAUCCAGAUGCACCAAUGUCACAGGUUUAUGGAGCCCCACACCUCCUCCGGUUAUUUGUCCGAAUUGGAGCGAUGCUGGCUUACACACCUCUUGAUGAGAAGAGCUUGGCCUUGCUGUUGAACUACUUGCACGACUUCUUAAAGUACCUUGCCAAGAAUUCUUCCAUGUUGUUCAGCGCAAGUGACUAUGAGGUUGCGCCUCCCGAAUAUCACCGGAAAGCAGUGUAAGCUUCUUGCAGCAUUGUGUCCGUAUGUGUCACUGGAAGGGAUCCUUGGAUUUCUGCAGCUGUUGUGCCCAGUUUGCCGUUUGUCCACUGUCCCCGUCUCGCACACGUCUCUACGCAGUAGACAUCCAUGUGUCAAGUGAACAGUGAGUGCGUCUUCAGAUGGAACUG